AUGGCUCCGUGGCCUCACAAGAACAGCUCUCUGGCUUUGUGGUCAGAUGCCCCCACAUUGGACCCCAGUGCAGCCAACACGAGUGGGUUGCCAGGGGUGCCAUGGGCAGCGGCAUUGGCUGGGACAUUGUUGGCGAUGGCCACAGUGGGAGGCAACCUGCUGGUAAUCGUAGCCAUAGCCCGCACGCCGAGACUCCAGACCAUAACCAACGUGUUUGUGACUUCGCUGGCCACAGCUGACUUGGUAGUGGGACUCCUCGUAAUGCCACCGGGGGCCACAUUGGCGCUGACUGGCCAUUGGCCCUUGGGUGCAACUGGAUGCGAGCUGUGGACGUCGGUGGACGUGCUCUGUGUAACCGCCAGCAUCGAGACCUUGUGCGCCCUGGCUGUGGACCGCUACCUGGCUGUCACCAACCCUCUGCGUUACAGCACGCUGGUUACCAAGCGCCGAGCCCGGGCGGCGGUGGUCCUGGUGUGGAUUGUGUCUGCCGCGGUAUCCUUUGCGCCCAUCAUGAGCCAGUGGUGGCGCGUAGGGGCGGACGCCGAGGCUCAAGAGUGCCACUCAGAUCCGCGCUGCUGUUCCUUCGCCUCCAACAUGCCCUACGCGCUGCUCUCCUCCUCUGUCUCCUUCUACCUUCCAUUGCUUGUGAUGCUCUUCGUCUACGCUCGAGUGUUCGUCGUGGCUAAGCGCCAACGGCGUUUGUUGCGCCGGGAACUGGGCCGCUUCCCACCCGAGGAGUCUCCGCAGACUCUGUCGCGCUCUCCGUCCCCUGUCACAGGCGGGACAAGCCCGGCUCCGGAUGGAGUGCCCUCCUGCGGCCGGCGGCAGGCUCGACUCCUGCCGCUCCGGGAGCACCGCGCCCUGCGCACCUUAGGUCUCAUUAUGGGCAUCUUCACUCUGUGCUGGCUGCCAUUCUUUCUGGCUAACGUGCUGCGCGCCCUCGCGGGGCCCUCUCUAGUUCCCAGCGGGUUUUUCAUCGCCCUCAACUGGCUGGGCUAUGCCAACUCCGCCUUCAACCCGCUCAUCUACUGCCGCAGCCCGGACUUCCGCGACGCUUUCCGCCGUCUUCUAUGUAGCUGCGGUGGCCGCGGGCGGGAGGAGGCACGCGCUGUCACCUUCCCAGCCAGUCCCGCGGGAGCCACCUCAGCCGAGUCCAGACAGAGCCCGCCACUCAGCAGGUAG